GAGAGAGAGAGAGAUUAGAGAGAGAGAGAGAGAUACUGCCACUAUUAUUAAAAGAAGAAAGCACAUUUGUAUCUGUGUGUGCCAGAAAAAAACUUUCCCUUUUUUUAUUUACUGUCCCUCUCUCCCUCCCCAUCUUAAAAAACCUGUGUGUGAUUCUUCUCUUUCCUCCUUUUCUUUUUUUAUUUUCUCUCUCUAGAAUUCGUGUUUCCCCUAUUUUUAGCUUUUCUCUUCAAACCCCUCAAUCUACAACCUCAAAGCAAAUAACCCCCCCUUGAAUUAUUAAUUUGUUUUGUAAAGACUCAGCCUUUAGCUGUGAGCUUCAUCUGGGUGGUGGUGGUGGUGGUGGUUAUGGUGGGCGUUGUGAAAAUGCUAAAAAUGUAAUCUUUAAUUCUUUUUUCAACAUAUAUAACUGACCCUCACGUUCAUAUAUAUACAUACAUGGCUCAUGCUCAGAGCAACGGUAAGAACAACAAGGCAAGUGUUGGUGGUGUUAAUGUUAAUGCCGGUGGAGAUUCUGAAGUGAAGCCCACCACUUUUCAUGAUUUUCUUGGAAAUAAGGGCCAAGGUCAAGAUUCUGCUCCGCCGGCCGUUGGAGCUGGCCGCCCGCCGCCGGAGGUGUCUCCUUCCGCCACUUCUGAUCUGGGUUCUGAAAGACGCGUGAGCAAUCAUUUGGAGGGAAUACCGUUUUACGGAUCGAGAGGCGAUAAUAUCACGUUGCCCGAAAGUAGCAACAGAUUGACGGGCAGUAAACGAAGCAACUCAGAUUCUUUUAUGAUGUCAUCAAAAGAUAAAUUUCCACCAGGGCUAGUAGAUUCACAAGACAACCACCUUUUAACUAAGCUGUUACGAUAUUCAGGGGGAGAGCGCGAAGAACCAUCUUUCGGUGUGCAUCAGACGAGGCCAAUUUCAGCCUCGUUUGCAUCUCAGUUAUCCACCGGUGGCAGAGUCGAAAUUAAUCACUCCAAACGAAACCCUAAUUCCGUUAUGCAAUAUCCACCACGUACAGGCCAAGUGAUGCCGUUCAGCUAUCAAGGCCCGUCGAAUAGGUUUAAAGAAACGAAUGUGGGCCCCACCCAAGUGUCACAAACAGCUGCCGAUGAAGGAUCCAGGACUGGCAUUAAAGGAUCCGGAAUUUUGAGCUCGAUUAAUAAUGCAAGUGGAUCUAUGAGACAGCCUGCUGGAGUGCUCAUACGGAGUGGCAAACACAAAUCUGGCGUUAGCAUUUCCGAACCGGAGUCGUCUACUACGCCCAGUCACCGUGGAAUGGAAUCAGGUGGUCGUCAGAUGACUAUAUUUUACGGUGGUCAAGCGCAUGUUUUCGAUAAUGUUCAUCCAAAUAAGGCAGAUGUCAUAAUGGCAUUAGCUGGAUCGAACGGAGGAUCUUGGUCAACUACCUACACUCCUAAAAAGUCAACAGGUAAGCCGUCGACCGGAGAAAAUCGUGAUAAUGAUGUCAGCAUUGCUGUACUGAAGGAGUUGCAAGGGAGGCCCUCUGAUAAAGGGGACUCUGCCCGAGGUUUUGGCUCUGCUGAUUGACGAAAAAUAUCUUGUCCGAACAUUACUCCAAACAGUUCGUAACGAAGAAUCUGAUUUACGAGGCGAAAAAGAAUGCACAUUGAAGUUUGUUUUCUUUCUUUCUUGCGUUUUGGUACGACGUUUUCUUGAUAUCGAGUGCAAGAAAUAGUGGCAUGGAACUGGAUAUAUGUUUAGGGCAGCAUUUUAUCGGGGGAAGCAAAUGUGGAAACUAUUGAACUCGACUUGAUUCCCAUUAAGCAGUAAGCACUUUAUUUUUAACGGCUCCAAAUCU